CACCGGCCCUGAGAAUGCACCAUGCGCGAUUGGCGGAUCGGCACAUUCAGGCACGGUCUGCCAUAUCUGCUACUUCAGCACUGGCAAAACGCGCAAGUGCACCUCCCAAUCGGGUGCGCUCCGCGGCUCCGCGACGACGCGGCCUGUCAGUCGACGUUCGUUAAUGGUGAUGUAUGUUCGUGGGCUCGCAGGGGACUGCUGAUUCGUCGUCGUACGUGGUAAACUGCCCUGUCAGUGAGCUUCGCACGGGAGAUGGGCACGCAAAGGCCGGAGGAAUGGGCGAACGCGCUGAUCACGCGCUUCGAGGACCAGCUGCCAUGUCGUUCCGGUCUUCAAGGCCCGCAAUCCCGCGCGAACCAGAUGAGGAGCAAAGAGUGUCUGAUCGAGAUCUCUCAGUACCACUUCUCCUUCGUUAUAUCCGGCCUCGUGAAGAUGCUGCAGCGCGUCAGCGAGACGGAGCACCGAGCGACGGCGCCGAGCACAGGUGUCCAACGGCUGUUCCAGAAUCUGGACCGGCGAGAGUCCAUCAUCAUCGUCCUGGACACGCUGGAGAAGUGCCUGACGAACCAGCCGAAGGACACGACGAAAUUGGACGAGGCCAUGAAAAUGCUGCUCAAGGAGAUCUACCAGUUUAUAGGCAUAUCGCACGACAGCCCGCAAACGAAGAUGAUAAGAGAGCUGGCGAGCAAGGUGCUGUUCGCCCUGAGCCUGAAUUUCUUCAACGCGGUCUUCAACCGGAUAUCGGCUCGGCUGCAGGAGCUGGCCAACAGCGGGGACGAGAAUCCGGACUGCAGCGACAUCGAAAUAAUACAGCACAUUAAUGUUGACGUUUACAGACUGACCAGGCUGUUGAAUGAAACGAUACAGAAAGUCCAGUCGCCGAAGAAAUCGGUGCACCUGUUGCUCAUGUCUUUUCUGGAGAAAGCGAUCUGGAACUGGAUGGACACCUAUCCGAACGAGUUCGCCGAGGUGCAGAAGCAGCCGAACGAAGAUCUCGGCAAAGCGUGCGAGGAACUGUUCCACGUGCUCGAUGCGUUCGUCGACAAGAAGAGCCGCGCCGCGAUAGUGGUGUGGCCGUUGCAGAUCAUGCUGCUAGUGCUGUCGCCCAAGGUACUGGAGGAGAUCGUGAGGCCCGACAAGGCCGUGCCCGGCUCGCCGCGGCACAUCAAGAAGAGGCACUUCAUCGAGAACGUGAAACGCGGCCUGGGGUAUGGCAGCUCCUCCAGCCGGCAGCUGACCGAGGCCGCGGCGGUCACAUGUGUCAAGCUGACGAAAGCGGCCACGUACAUCAGCGACCAGCACGGCAACAACAUCGUCUUGACUCUGGUGCAGCAGCUGAUGGCCAACCUGAUGUCGCUGCUUUUCAACACCUCCAAGCCGUUCUCCCGCGGGCAGAACCACACCGCGCAGGACGUAGACUUGAUAAUCGACUGCUUUAUUAGCUGCUUCCGCAUCAAUCCGCACAACAGCGAAGUCUUAAAGGUCUGCCUGAACGUUAACUACCCGUCGACGUACCAGUUCGUCCUAGUCAGCUCGUUGUACAAGAUCAUCACGCAGCCGAGACUGUCGUGGUGGCCGCAGAUCGAUCUUCUCUACCCGCACAGCACGAAGUUCCGGAACAUGUUCACCGACACGCUCAACAAGGUCACGCAGAACUACAUAUGGUACGCGCCGUUGCGCAUGAUCCACAGCUUGAAUUUGCUUAAGAGCAAGGAGGACGUAGCCAACUCCAAGAACGUGCUGCUGGGAAUGGUGCGGCUCAUCCACGCAGACCCCAUGCUGAUGUUGCACAAUUCCGGCCAAAUUCAAGGCCAAAAUAUGCAAAACUCCACUUUAGAGCUGAUCAAUGGACUGGUCUUACUAAUCCAUCAGACCUCGAUGCCAGAUAUCGCCGAUGAGGCAAUGGAGGCUCUGUUAGUGUUACAUCACCCGAAUAUAAUCAAAGCGUGGAAUCCUGAAGCACCGAUGAACACUUAUUGGGAUGUGAGCUCGCAGGUUCUGUUCUCGAUUUCUCAGAAGUUAAUUCAACAUCAGAUCUUUAACUAUACAGCCAUACUCAAGUGGCUGCAUGAGAUAUUGAUCCGCAGGAACGCCUUUCUCUCUCAGAAUAAGGAUAAUGCGAAUGUGGGCAGCGAAAUUGCGAUUUGCAAACAAGCGCACAUUAAACUCGAGGUCGUUUUCUUGAUGUACUUAUGGAGCACAGACACAGAGGCUAUUUUAAUAUCCAUGUCUUGCUUCGCGUUGUUAUGCGAGGAAGCUGAUAUUCGUUGCGGCAGCGACGAGGUGGCAGUGACUUGUCUCCUUCCGAAUUAUCAUUUGUACUUAGAGUUAGCGCAAGCUUCGAACACGUUGAGCACUGCCCGUAAGGAGAGUAAGCAACCUAAUACUAAUACUAAUACUACUACUAAUACCACCACCACCACCACCACCACUACCACCACUACUACUACUGCUGCUAGUUCCACUACUACUAAUACUAAUGCUAAUCAGAAGGAGAGCGAGGAAAAUAAGCUAUAUACAGCUGUUACUAAAGGCCAAGGCCCGUUGCAAAAGAAGAUAUUUUCCUUACUGAGGAAGAUAGACCAUUGCGUGAAUGGUGUAUACCCCGCUUGGGAGGAGACCGUGAUAAAGUGGGAGGUCACCUCGCGACAAUUGUGCAAUUACCCCAAGACCAAAACGGAAGACGGUCAAGCGGACUAUCGCAGCAUCGCGAAACGCAGAGCGGCGCAUCAGAACUCGGAACACGAGCUGGAGGACCAGCUGAGCGAGUGGGGCAACAUGACAGGGUUCUUGUGCGCUCUAGGCGGUGUGUGCCUGCAGCGACCCUCGUCGAACACACCGCCCUUCAGUAUGUCGUUCUCUAAUCCCGAGCCGAAGAAGAACUCGACGAAACAGCAAGAGUUCGGCUCGACGUCCGGCUUGACGAACCCUAACCAGGAAGUGCAGUAUUACCCGGUGACGCAGUUUGUGCUGAACUUGCUGCAGCUGCUGAUCUGCAACAACGAGAAGGUCGGCACGACGAUACAGAAGCAUGUGAAGGAGACGAUCGCGCACGAGCUGAGCCCCGCCUUGUACCCGAUAUUGUUCGACCAAAUCAAGAGCAUCGUCGAGAAGUUCUUCGAUCAGCAAGGACCGGUGAUACUGCAGGACCUGAACACGCAGUUCAUUGAGAACACCAUCUUCAUAAUCGUAACUAUCUUGGAGUCUAAAACGGAUCAGUAUUCCGAGUACCUCGGCAUGACCAACAUCGAGAGCAUGACAUUGGUGAUCGUUAGAUACGUCAGGCACUUGGACAUGUCGGUGAAUUCGAUCUCCAUUAAGACGAAAAUGUGCAAGCUCGUGGGGUUGAUGAUGAAGAGGCGCGACGACCUGGCGUUUAGGCAAGAACUGAGGUUUCGGAACAAGCUGGCCGAGUAUCUGACCGAGUGGGUGUUGUGCGCGAAUCACAUCACUCAAACAACCAGCGGCGACACAACUCAGGCCAGAGUGCUGAAUCAAGCUUGCAUGGAGGCAGUGGCCGCGUUGUUGCAAGGACUCCCCCUUCAGCCCGAGGAGACUGAUCGACGUGACGUGAUGGAGGUGAAGUCCGAACUGUUCUUGAAGUACUUCACGCUCUUCAUGAAUCUGAUGAACGACUGCAGGGAAUCGUCGGAGGAGGGGAACGAGGUGUCCCCGCAGACGCCCGCUUUGCUGAACAAACAGAUGGCUACUUUGCGCGACACCACCAUCCAAGCCAUGAGCAAUCUUCUCAGCGCGAAUAUAGACAGUGGCCUGCAGCACUCGAUAAGCUUAGGCUAUAAUCCGGACCUCCAAACAAGAGCAGCGUUCAUGGAAGUGCUGACUAAGAUCUUGCAACAAGGAACGCAGUUUGACACGCUUGCCGAGACUGUGCUAGCGGAUAGAUUUGAGCAAUUAGUUCAGCUGGUUACCAUGAUCAGCGACAAAGGCGAAUUGCCUAUCGCAAUGGCCUUGGCUAACGUCGUGGCGACGGGUCAAAUGGAUGAGCUGGCGCGCGUUUUCGUCACGCUGUUCGAUGCGAAGCACUUGCUGUCGUCCAUGCUGUGGAAUAUGUUUUACCGCGAAGUCGAGCUGACCGACUGCAUACAGACUCUCUUUCGCGGCAACACCUUGGCAUGCAAGAUCAUGGCCUUCUGCUUCAAGAUUUAUGGUUCUUCCUACUUGCAAAACUUGCUCGAGCCUCUCAUUACGCCCUGGAUGAACGAUUCUACAAUUAGCUUCGAAAUAGACGACGCGAGGAUCAGUUCGAAUGAGAACAUCCAGCAAAACGGCCGUAACUUGAUCGCCUUGACGCAAAAUGUCUUCGACGGUAUAGUGUCGUCGGCUGAUAGGUUUCCUCCGCAGCUACGUACGAUGUGUCACUGCUUGUAUCAAGUGCUGAGCCAAAGGUUCCCGCAACAUCCGCAGAACAACAUCGUGGCCGUGGGAACAACGAUAUUCCUGCGCUUUAUCAAUCCCGCCAUAGUCGCUCCUCAAGAGAUGGGUAUUGUGUGCAAAGCAGUGCCCUCUUCGAUGCAACGAGGUCUCACGCUCAUGUCGAAGAUACUGCAAAACAUCGCCAACCACGUGGAGUUCAGCAAGGAGCAACAUAUGCUUCCCUUCAACGACUUCCUGCGAGCGCACUUCGAGACCGGCCAACGAUUCGUCAUACAGAUCACGUCCAACUGCGAAACUCCCGGUCAAACUCAUCAUCCGAUGUCGUUUGUCUCGGACGCUAACGUCCUGGCCUUGCACAGGUUGCUGUGGAAUCAUCAAGAGAGAAUGGGCAACUAUCUCAGCAGCAUCCGAGACCACAAAGCCGUGGGGAGGAGACCUUUCGAUAAAUUGGCCACGUUGCUGGCGUAUCUCGGCCCGCCUGAACAUAAACCUGUGGACUCUUGUUCGCUCUUUUCGUCCUCUUACGUCCGUACGAUGGUGCGGCGGCAGCAGAUAAGCAGCGACAUGUCGUCAACAUGCUUCGAAGAGAUCAUGAUGAAGCUGAAUGUGCACGAGACGGAAGACUUUAAGAGCAUUCAGAACACGAAUAUCUUUUACCAAGCAGGCACCAGCAAGAAGGAUUAUCCGGUAUUUUACUACAUUGCACGACGUCACAAGUUCAACGAAAUGAACAGCGACUUUUUGAUAUAUCACGUAAUGCUAACGUUGAAGCCCUUUUACCGCUCCCCGUACGACGUAGUGUUCGAUUUCACCAAUACGAACUCGGAAAAUCGUUUCCGAACAGAGUUCUUGCAAAAGUGGUUUUACGUGCUGCCGGAAGUGGCUUACGAGAAUGUCCACGCGGCUUACAUUUACAAUUGCAACAGUUGGCUCCGCGAGUACGCCAAGUGUAACGACCGAAUCCUCGCGCCGCUCAAGGGUAAUCGCAAGGUGAUCUUCGUGGAUGGACCGGGCAAACUGAACGACGUGAUCGACGUUGAGCAACAGAAACUGCCCGGAGCCACGUUAUCCUUGGACGAGGACUUGAAGGUCUUCGCCAGCAUGCUGAAGUUGUCGAACAAGGAGAUCAGAGUGUCCGUGAAGAUCGGCUCGGCGGCUGUUCAGAUUACUCACAUGGACAAGACGAAGGUGUUGUGGCAGUACGUGACCUUGAACGAUGUCUACUACGCGUCCGAGAUCGAGGCGGUUUGCCCGAUGGACGACAGCCAGUUUACGUUGACCAUCAGCAAUGAAGCCGGCCUGCUGAAGUUUACCCACAACGACUGCGAGAGCAUCGUCCAGGCUAUCAAUCAUAUCAAGAACCGCUGGGUAAUGUCGCAGUCGGAGUCGAUGUCGGUCCACGCGAAAAUUCGACCCAAGGACGUGCCCGGCACCCUGCUGAACAUGACCUUGCUGAACCUUGGAAGCCCCAACCCGAACCUGCGCACCGCCGCGUACAACCACUUGUGCGCGCUCACGGCGACUUUUGAUUUGAAGAUCGAGGGUCAGCUGUUGGAGACUUCUGGCCUCUGCAUACCGUCGAACAACACGAUAUUCAUCAAACACCUCAGCGAGACCUUGGCAGCGAACGACCCGCACCUCACGCUCGAGUUCCUCGCCGAGUGCAUACAGGGCUUCAAGGCAUCGACAAUCGAGCUGAAGCACUUGUGCCUUGAGUACAUCACCCCAUGGCUGAACAACCUCGUGCGCUUCUACAAGUCCAACGACGAGUGCGGCAGGCGGCACAAACAGCUCACCGAGAUCCUGGAUCAACUGAUUACAUUGACCGCUGAGGAGGUCGAGAUGUAUCCGAGCAUACAGGCGAAAAUCUGGGGCACGAUCGGCCGGCUGCCCGAGCUCAUCGACAUCGUCCUCGAUAUGUUCAUCCAGCGCAGUGUGCAGCACCGCUUGGGCUCGCACAUGGCGGAGAUCUUGGCGGACACCGCGGUCGCCUUAGCGUCCGGCAAUGUACAGUUGGUAGCUAAGAAGGUCAUUAGCAGGCUAUGUCGCAUGGUGGACAAGACUUGUUUGUCGCCGACGCAGUUGCUGGAGCAACACAGCAUGUGGAGCGACAUAGCCAUUCUGGCGAGGUACCUCUUGAUGCUGUCCUUCAACAAUUGCCUGGACGUGGGCAGACACCUGCCGUACGUCUUUCACACGGUCACGUUCCUUGUGUGUUCCGGCAGCCUGACCAUGCGGUCGUGCAUUCACGGCUUGGUGAUCAACACCAUUCACUCCUUGUGUACGUGCAGCUCGCCUUCCUUCCGCGAGGACACGUAUCGAAUAUUGCACAUGAGCCUCGACGAGUUCUCAUUGCCCAAGUACCACGUUCUGUUCGGCAUCAGCAAGGUGAAGUCCGCCGCCGAUACGGCGUUCUAUAAACAUCCGGGGUCCAGCAAGCAGGAUCUCUGCAAGGAAAUCUGCAAGCCACCAAACGAGAAAGGCCUCAACAAUGACAAAAACCAGUCCGUCACGCAAGACAGGGAAGUACUUUCCUUGACCAGCUUGGAAGUCAUAACCGACGCUCUUCUGGAGAUCAUGGAGGCUUGCAUGCGCGACAUUCCGAGGUGUGACUGGCUGAAGACGUGGACGGCAUUGACGAGAAGUUUCGCCUUCUGCUACAAUCCGGCUCUACAGCCGAGAGCGCUCAUCGUUUUCGGCUGUAUCAGCAAAAACGUAACGGAUCAGGAUAUAAAGCAGUUACUGAGAAUACUGGUGAAGGCGCUGGAAAGUUUUAAUGACAUUACUCUGUUGGAGGCGAUCGUGAUGUGCUUGACGCGACUGCAGCCUCUUCUGAGGCCGGAGUCGCCGAUACAUAGAUAUUUAUUUUGGGUCGCCACGUCUGUUCUCGAGUUAGACCAGCCGUCGUUGUACGCAGCCGGCCUAGGGCUUCUCGAGCAAAACUUGCACACGCUGGACUUUCAGGGUACUUUCGACACUAAGACGUUGGAGCACGUGAUGAUGUCGACGCGCGAGCCUCUCGAAUGGCAUUUCAAACAAUUGGAUCACUCCAUAGGCUUGUCCUUUAAGUCGAACUUCCACUUCGCACUAGUCGGUCAUCUGCUGAAAGGCUACAGGCACCCCACCACGGUUACCAGAACAUCCAGAGUAUUGACCAUGUUGUUAGCGAUUGUGGCUAAACCUUCGAAAAGGGACAAAUUCGAAGUGACGCCCGUCAGCGUCCCGUACUUGGCCGCAUUAGUGUCCGUGUCGGAGGAAGUUCGCACCAGGUGCCACAUUCGGCACUCGUUCACAUCCGACAAUCGUUCGCACGACUCUUCGGGUAGCGCAGAGAUUCUAGACAGUUUACGCAGUACAGAUAUCAAUGGUGCGCCUAAUCUUACGAGUAGAAGGCAGAAGACUUGGGACUUGUUGGACCAAUCGGCGCUCACCCAAGCGAGAAAGCAAAAACAACAUUCUACACAGCGAUCCAGGAGUAUGCCGAGCACGAAGAACGCCACGUCGAUGGACGAUGCGGAAUCGCAGACUCGUAACAGUAACGGAGUGAGCAUGAAGAGCAACGAAAACAACGUCCUGCUCGAUCCGGAAGUGCUGACUGACCUCGCGACGCAGACUCUGGUGCUGACUGUGCUGGCCACUUUGGUGAAGUAUUCCACCGACGAGGACGAGGCGCGGAUCCUCUACGAGUAUCUGGCGGAAGCGACGAUAGUCUUCCGUAAGGUUUUCCCAGUCGUACACAACUUGCUCGAUGCCAAGAUCAAUAGCGUGCUGUCGUCCUGCCACGACCAGGCGAUACUGAACGCGGUUCAAGUCAUCAUACAGAACAUGAUGGCCUGCGAGGACACGUGCCAGCAGCAACUGCACUAUCUACAGAGCUGUGGCUUCCGCGGUCUCUGGAGGUUCGCGGGACCAUACACAAACUCCAAUUGCACGCCCGAAAGCUCCGAAUUGUUCGUGAACUGCCUGGAAGCGAUGGUAGAGACGUGUCUACCGACGGAAGAGUGCGACGGCCCGAAUAGCAACGAUCUGGCUGCCGGAAGAGGUAGACGAUCCUGCAGCUAUCAACUAGACGCGAAAAUAAAGCAGCCUACUGUACUCGGGUGUAUCAGGAGAUCUUCGCACUUGCCUUCAGAAGAGACCGGCGUUGCUUUGUUCAACCAACACAGUCAUGCAACAGAGAAGAAUAAAAACUAUUUCGCGGUGGAGUUGGACCAGAUCGAGGACACGAGUAGUGGCCGAAAAUGCAGCUACGGCGACUCGCAAACUUAGCAAUUACAUCACACCAGCAAGCACUGCUUACAGUGCAAUAAACGCGCGCGUAAGGGACAGACCAGUCGAAAGUUGCAGCGACAGAUGAGAUGCGUGAAUCUAAACGAUUAAACGCAGGGGCUCGUUAACCUCGUGUUACCGCUGCCGCAUGUCUAGCCGGUCUUGCACAAUGCCGUCCACGUCACGAUGACAAGCCCUCAGAAAUGGAAAUUAGCGAAGGCCGCCCUUUUGUAGCGUAUUAUUUUUUCCUUCGGUUCCCAUCGGCGACACAUGCAUUGGCGAUUUUGCUUGUGAUGUACCUCACGCAUAUAUGCAUAAGUAUAUGUAUUGUUACAACGCGAAUCUCAAGUGUAUGUUAUCGCACGUGCGUCGUGUUGGCGUUUUCACAACGAGCUCGAGGAGAUUACGUUGCCACGGAGAUGUCCUCGCCAUGCGAUUCUGAGGCAAGGAUAUUCCUCGAGGACACGCUUCGUUAUGAUUUCACGACCGCUGUGGAAUUGCGAGAACCGGCUUGACCGGAGCAGAUGUAUAUCGACGAUAUUAAUUCCCCUGGAUGAUCACGUGCAGUUGGCUGCGCUGACUGGCGCUGGUUUCGUCAGCAUCGCAAUGCGAGAAGACUGCGAGCGCAGCAGCACGAGAGACCAGUGUCGGACGUUGGUCGAUUGAAAUGCCGACUGAUACGAUCGGAAUGAUUAUAAUGAUUACUCGUGUACCGCUGAUUAGCCGAUCACUUCAGCCCGAAUAUUAGUUCAACCCAGACCCUGAUCGACCAACGCUGCCGACACUGCGAGAGACGCGAGUAUGCCUGUCUCUCCACGAAGCGCAGGGCUCAGGCUGUGACGGUGCGUAUAUAUGUAUACGCGAGCCGUCCGAUUAACGAGGUCCCGAAUCAUCAUAUCUCUAAUAACAACUGCGACAUACGAGAAAUUCGCGCAGAAGACUCUACCGGCCCCUCGACGGGAAACCGGCGACGCCGCCUCUCGCGCGCCCUUCCGCGCGGGCGUCUGCAAACAUGAUCUGCUGGACCAGUGGGCGCUUCUCGUCUCGGGGUGGCCGAAGCCACAGGACUAAUUAUCUCUAGAGCCACGUCUAGCAAAACACCAAUAUGUCAAAUAUAAUUUAAAGUACAAAGCAAGACCAAACGUUACUCUUCCGUACUGUAUAACGAGGUAUUUUAGGGUGGUAUCCAUAGUCGAGUCUCAAGUCAGCACUUAAGACGAUCUUGGUUGAGUCGGUCUUAUUCAAUCAAGACCGUCUCAAGAUCAGUAUGUUUCAUAGUCGUGAAAUAAGACGAUCUUCGCGAAGAAUAUGUUGCUCAAGUAAGACUUAUUUGAUUUAAGGUUGACUUGGCGAAGACAGACUUAAGACUGUGCUUAUUCUCGAAUCGGCUGUUUCCGUAAUAUUUCCGUUAGGUCCUUCAAUCAAAACACAGGAUACAAGGUGCAGUAUUACUAUUAAGAAGUACCAUCUUAUGUUACAUUAGCAAUGCCUGUUCUUAUGUAUAAUCUAUUUCUAUAAAGGGAGAUCAUUUACAAGAAGUGAAUCAACCAGAAUUAAGUCAUGUAAGAGAAAUAUGAUAUUUAACUAAAAAUACAUGAGACCCAAUUAAAAAUUAUA